AUGUUCCCAUUAAUCGACUUUUGUGUCUAUCAUCUUAUUACUAUCUUCAUUCCAACUCACCGAUAUUUCUUUCUUACUUUAUUACAUUUUAUUUUAUUUUUAAUAAUUAUUUUAUUAAUUCUUAUCAUUAUUUUAUCUCAUUUUUACUGCUAUUAUAACUUUCUGUCUCGCCCACGCCGCCCACAGCACAUCGAGCGCCUCACCUCGCAAGUGACGAGUCUGGGCGAGCAGUCGAGACGCCAGUCCGAACUCUACGAAACGGCAGUGAAGCGCGGGCGGCAGUGCGAGGCGGAGGUGCACGCUCUCACCACCAGAGGGAGGCAGCUGGAGGCCGAUGCACAGACGGCGGAGGCGUCGAGGGAGCAUGUGGUUAUAGAGAAGGAGAAGACCGAACGCAUCUUGAACCGUGUCAUCGAGGCUCUGGGACUGACGGAGAUGGGUCAAGAGGUCACCAACGACGUCGAGAUGAUCAUCUGCCGAUGUCAACAGCUGGCCAAGCUCGAGGGGGAGAAGAUUGUGGACAAAGUACGGAGAGCUUAGGUUAAACUGAGCUUUAAAGAGAACGGAUUUUGUUGUUUCGUUUUAUUGAGUUAAAUUUGAUUUU